AUAGAAGCCAAUUGAAAGAAAGUUUGGAGGGAUUAUCGAAUUUGGAGAAGCAGAAGAGCGGCGGUCUGUGAAAGUGGGAAACUUUUGGAAACUUACCUAAAGGAACUUAACCCCCUCGAGGGCAAGACGAAUCAACUAUCUUCGUCCUUUUUCCCACAAAUUCUUCUCCUAACACUAUCUUUCACGAGACAAAGAGAAGUUUGCUGCAAAGUCUGUUUUAUCAGAGCUUUGCAAGAAACUUCACUAUGUCGAAGCCUCAUAGUGUUAACGGGAGCGAGUCCGAGUUCGAAUUCAUCGAAACUCCUAAAGCUCCGACUCCCACAUUCGAGAAGUUUGAGGAGUGCGGUGUACGAACUACUUCGUACCCUUCUAUCAAGAAUGCCCCUCUCCCCGCGGAUGCCGCUGGAGGCGAAACCUUCUCCAAUGUCCUUCUCUUCUCCCUAAUGGGCGGUGUCCCGCUUUACCUCUCAUGGAAAGUCGGCGGCGGUUUGAAGACCACGAUAUUCUUCGCGCUGUUCACGAGUAUUCCCAUCUUGGCUGGUUUCUGGCUUACUGUCUCCGCUAUAAGCCCCCGAAAGAACGAGAAGGCCAAAUAUCCCGGAAGACCGGUCGAGCACUACCUUACUUUCAAGAGGCAAUCUGACAAGACCAAGUAUCACGGAAGAAACAAGAUUCCCAUGGAAACCUUUUAUGAGAUGUACUUCGACGGAGACGUCGACUUCAAUGGUGAUUGCCUUGAAGUUUUGGAGUACAGGCACGACUGGGCCAGCUUCCGUUUCACUUGGGGCCUUUGCAAAUACUUUCUCUUCGGCAUGAUGCCCGAGGUUAUCAUGCACUCGCGAAGCCAGGAUGAGGAACAAGUCCGUGACCACUACGACCGUGGUGAUGAUUUCUACGGCUGGUUCUUGGGUCCCCGCAUGAUCUACACUUCUGGCGUCAUUUCAGACAUCAACACGGAGGAGAGUCUAGAACAGCUUCAGGACAACAAGCUCGCGAUUGUUUGCGAAAAGAUUGAUCUACAGGAAGGCGAAAAGAUGCUCGACAUUGGCUGCGGCUGGGGCACUCUAGCACGAUUUGCCAGUGUUAACUACGGCGCCCGCGUCACUGGUAUCACUCUUGGUCGCAACCAGACUGCCUGGGGCAACAAGGCUCUACGCAAUGUCAAUAUCCCCGAAGAGCAAAGCAAGAUUCUCUGCAUGGAUUACCGUGAUAUUCCCGUACCGGAGGGUGGAUAUAAAAAGAUCACCUGUCUCGAGAUGGCUGAGCACGUCGGUGUGCGUAAGUAUGGCACUUUCUUGAAGCAGGUCUACGAUAUGCUCGAUGACGAUGGUAUAUUCUUCCUACAGAUCGCCGGUCUUCGAAAGCCGUGGCAGUACGAGGAUCUUAUCUGGGGUCUUUUCAUGAACAAAUAUGUCUUCCCUGGCGCUGACGCAUCGACUCCGCUGGACUUUUUCGUCAGUGGACUCGAGGGUGCCGGAUUUGAAGUUAAGGGUGUGGAUACGAUCGGUGUGCAUUAUUCAGCAACUCUAUGGCGCUGGUAUAGAAACUGGUUGGCCAACCGAGAGAAAGUCGUGGCCAAGUACGGAAAGCGGUGGUUCCGCAUCUGGGAAUACUUCCUUGCCGCUUCUACCAUCGCUUCUCGACAGGGAACUGCUACUUGCUAUCAGAUCGUCUUGGUCAAGAACAUUAACUCGACCCACCGUAUCGAGGGCAUCGCAACUCAGUAUGCCUUAUCUGGGGCCCUUAACACAGCUGCUCAUAAGAUAGACUUCAAGGCAUGGGCUAAGAAGAAUGCCGACCAGUUCCCUACCUCGACAGUCCAGUAAGGCAUAGGAAACUCGAUUAUAGGGGUCUACGAUUAGAUAAAUGAGCCAACCGCCCACAAAGACACUACUGCUAAAGUUUUUGUCCUUCCGGGUGGAUCUCAGUCAGAUACCUUGACCAUGCCUUAUGAGGAGGUUGAUAACUACAUGAGUGGUUGUCUGGCUAGGUGGAUGAGAGGAGUGGUGUGCGGAUGUUAAUUUCGUGUAAUGGAGGGUGGAAGGGUGGGAAAAUGUAAUGGUUGUGAAGACGACAAGUAUAAAGUGAAUAGAUGCAUUAUCGAUUUGAAAAUGUAUGAACAUCCAUUUCAUCUAGAUUGGACAUACUUGAUUGUUAAUUGAUCAUUAUGCACUCAUGA